CGCCUCCCUCCGACCAACCCCCCUUCUCCUCCUCCCCAACAGAAUUCCACAUAGACAACAUGCCCGCCCCACGUCCACGGAAGCAGGGAUCGGGACAGGGGAGCAACAGCGGGAGUGAAGACGUAUAUAAUCCUCGGAGGAGCCCUACCCUCAUUAGGUUCAAUCCCGCCGAUCCUGACUUCCAGGAGAGGCAGAGGACGAUGGAUGUCGAUAGUGCUAUGCAACUAUCUCGGGCUAGAAGCGGCAGUGUCUCCACACCUGUCCGCCCCGUCGUUGGGUCCAUGUCUCCCUCUUCGCCCCACUUGAUGCGGCACAUGUCCUCCUACCGCGACUCAAUGGACUUUCCCCCUCUGAGCGAGACCGAAGAAGAGGCACUUCAGCGCGCCCGGGACGAUUACCCGCAUCUUGUUCCUGAGGAGGCGCUGGAGGAUGGGGGACUCUCCCAUACUCCUUCAGGUACUGCCCCAGCUUUGGUGGACACCACAGGGGCGCAUGAGCCGGAGUAUCAACACGAACUCGAACACACGCGCAUGCUUAUGUCCGAUGAUCCUAUGGAUGUGGCGGGAAUGGGGCCAUUGCCGAUGUAUCAGGCGAGCGCAUACAGGAGCAACUUCGACUUCGGCCCCCUCGAAGGUUUUGCGAACGAGGAGAGGAACAGGCUUGAAGCGGCUAAGGGUACAGCUGAGCAAGGACUGCAAUUCUUCAACAACAGUGGAGUUGGACCUGCGUCCGGCAGUGUCGCACCGCUGCUGGACGACGGUGCUGUUAUCAGGGGAGAGAUCAUACCUCCACCCACUGCAACAGGGGAAACAUUCGUCCAGCGGAGGCAACGCCGGCUCUCGCAAAGCACGCCCACAUUCCGCAGGCAGGCGAAGCUCGCUGCCGCCCAAGCAGCGGCGGAGGCUGCUCGAACACAGGGAUACGCGAACACUGAGGAUCCUGGGCGGGGCCACGACCGUCCCUACCGGUUCUCUUUCUAUUCCAACGCACUGCCUGCUGUGAUUCACGCGCGGAGUCUGUCAGAGCUCCCUGCAGAGGGGCAAUCUUUUGACGAACUCUUCAGCGGUCUGGAAGGCGAGUCAUCUACCCCACCCAACGGCGGGCUUAAC